AUGGCGACAUCUCUCGACCAAGGUGAAUGUUCAUCUGCCUUGAGCCAAUGCUCAGAGAACUACGACACGUGCGUCACGAAACUAGAAGGGGGCAGCAAUGAUUUCGCUGUCACAAUCGUUGUUCCCGGUGGAGGGGGUACUACUGUCGCCGCCAACCAUCCCAGUCUCGGCACAUCGGCCACGCCUGUCUGUUCCAGCCUCAGUUCCCAAGCUUGCUUCGGCCUCGAACCGUCCCACUGCGACCAGCCCACUUCAGUAAACGGAGUUGUAAUCGAGUCAGGGUCACUGGCUAAGCCCACGGCAUACCCCGUUGGCGGCGCUGUCGCAGCCGGCUUCGGGGUCGCCAUGCUUGGGUUUUGGGGUUGA